CCACAAAAAUGAGUAUAGAAUAGAAUCUGCUCCUCCACCAACUUUACCUGGCUCUAUAUAUACCACCAUUGAGAGUUUGACAUGAGCACAACCAUAAUAAUAAUAAUAAGAAAAAGAAGAAGAAGAAGAAGGUCAUUAUUUUUUUUCUCAGCUGAAAGGAAAUGGCCACGAGGUGUCUUUGGUGUGGCCUAAUGCUACAAGUUCCUCCCCAUGCACAAAGUGUGGCGUGUCCAGGCUGCAAAACCGUCAUUCACCUGCCGCGGCGAAGUGCUACCCUCAGUUACGGCGGCGGUGGCGGCUACAGACCUUUUCCCGCCUAUCAGACGCAGCGGCCAUCAUAUCUUCCGGUGGCUCCGCCGCAAGUGAUGAUGCAGCAGAACAGGAGGAGGCGCGCCGUUCUCUGCGGGAUCACCUAUCAAGGGCACAAGAAGAGUCUCAAAGGAAGUGUUAACAAUGUCAGUUCCAUACGUCAACUUCUUGUCUCUGUGUUGGGGUUUCCACCUUCAUCUAUCCUUGUCCUUACAGAAAACGAGAGAGACCCGAGCAGGAUCCCGACCAAGGCCAACAUCAGAGAAUCUAUGAAUUGGUUGGUACGAGGUUGCCAGCCGGGAGACUCAUUGGUGUUCUACUACUCGGGGCACGCCUCACAAGUGAUAGAUCGUGAUGGAGAUGAGGUGGAUGGGAUUGACGAAUCAAUUUGCCCCCUCGAUUAUGAGACAGAGGGAAAGAUACUCGACGAUGAGAUUAAUGCAAAACUCGUGAGGCCAUUGACUCAUGGUGUCACACUUCAUGCCAUAAUGGACACCUGCUUCAGUGGAACCUCCCUAGAUCUUCCCUUUGUGUGCAGAAUGAACAGGGAGGGGUAUAUGAAGUGGGAAGAUCAUAGGAAUCCAUAUAGCAGCAUAUACAAAGGCACUAGUGGAGGAACUGCAAUAAGUAUCAGUGCAUGUGAUGAUGAUCAGAACUCUGCAGACACUACAGCUUUCACCGGAAGCGCGAUUGGUGCACUGACUUAUAGUUUCAUCAAAGCUUUAAAUGAGAAGCCUAAGUUGACAUAUGGUCAAUUACUUGUGUCCUUACAAAACCUAAUUGCGCAAAUCCAGGAGGAACCAUUCUCAGAUGGUACAUCUGCACCACCACCUCAGGUGCCUCAAUUAUCAUCUUCAGAGAGGUUCGACAUUCACUCCAAGAUCAUGACACUGUAGAAGCUCUGAAUCUAAUAAUCUACCACGGAGUAUAUACAUAAGCAUCAAUAGUUUUUAGAAACAUGUCACAUGGUGUGAUCUUAUAAAUGUGAAGUAUGUAAUAAAGCUUCCUUCUAUUAUGCAUGGUGAAGACUAAAAGUGAAAUAAACUUGAGACGUGUUUUUUGUGUUUUACCAAAUAAGGUAGCAACAAUCUCUCGAAACUAAGAACUGCUCGGUAAAAGAAAAAGAUCAUCAUCCG